AUCCUCUCUCCAAGUGUGUGUGUUUGUGUGUGUAUAUGUGUGUGUGUGCAUAUAAAAGCCUCUCUCUCCAUGCUUCCACUUCACUCUCAGCUCUCCAUUGCUUUGCUGAAAGCAUAGGCGCAGGACGGACGAGAGGGGAGGGGGGACACGACUGAAGGAGAUCCCUGUGUUACAGUGGGAGACAUUUCUUUGACCUUCCUCCUUACUUUCUCCCCCACCCUCCUCCCCCCUCUCCCAAUGUGUUUUGGGUCUCCCUCCUUUCCCCCCGCUUCUUCCUCUUCUUCCUCUUAAGCGUCUCGGCUCUGCUUGGACGGUGGCUGCAUCGAUGCAAAAUGGGUUGUGGCAAUUCCUCAGCCACCAACACCUCAGGAGGGGGGCCAGCAGACGUCUCCAAAGAUGUGACAGAAGAUCCUGCGGCAGACGAUGAGAAAAGAAGGAACUAUGGUGGCGUAUAUGUAGGUCUACCAGCAGACCUGACCACUGUGGCUGCCAGCCAGUCCAAGUCCACACGUAAAGACUAGCAGCGACUAAAAGACACAACGCAGGAUCCUCCAUAUUCAUUCACCUAGAGACACUCACAUUACAAGCAGAGAGCAUGUAAGUGCUCCUAUUCUGGCUCACCACACACUGAAUAACAACUCAGGCUUUAACACUGUCAUUGGGCGAGGAUGUGGACAGCUUGCCGGGGAUCUGAGGACGCUGCCUCAUGGAGUCAUGGGUGGCACAGUGACGCAGGGAUGCACAGCAGAGGUCUGCAUACGGCAUCCAUCAUCACCCUUCACUUUGCAAAAAAAAAAAAGGAAGAUGAGCAUCAGAGCGGACAAGCACCCACCCUGGGACUGGCUGUGGGCGGCGGCAAUGGGCGUUGUGACAGCCAUCUUGGCUUCUCGGUCACGGCACUGGAACAUUCUCUUUCUUUCUCAGGAGGAGACAGGGGACCCAGCCAACUAACUAACUAACUAACUGUCUGGGAAACACACACACAUUCCCAAUAGCCCUCUGCAAUAAUAAUCACUGCUCAGUUAUUUCUCUAAGAAGCCAUCAAUGAUUCAUUGUGUGGCGGAGACAGAGAGUUAGAGAGACAGAGAGAAAUCAGAGUUUUGCAAAAAGCGGCAAACAAGUUCUUGUUAAUGCAUCACAGAACAUCAAAGUGUCAUUGAAAAUAGAAUUGAUUUCAAUCAGGGGCGUGCUGCUGUAAGUGUCUGAAAAUGACACUGCUUCCGAUGAUGAGCCUAAAUGAUAAUAAUAAGUUAAAUCAGGAGUGUUUUAAUCAACGUCCGCAAAUGUCCUGCUAUUGUCACUUAACUUGUGCCCCAGACUGAUUAUGUAACAUCAGCAUAUGACUCAUGAUACUUAGAGGAUCUCCCUCUCUCUCUGUCUGCCUGCCUCUUUCUCUCUCUCAUGCUCUCUCUGCAGCAUGUUGUUUUUUCCCCCUGCAGAGCUCUGAUUCUGGGUAAUUCACACAGCUCUUACAAUCUUUCUCAGAAGCAGAAUUGUCUCGCCGUUUGUUCUUCAAGCAUAAAAUGUGAUCUAAUGUGUAACAGCAAAAACAAAGUCAUUAAAUUAAGUUCAGUUGCAAAAAAAAAAUUGUGCAAAAAAGGAAACCAAGAGAGGCAGAGGUGGUGAUUUUUGUUUUAACGUCCCUUGUUUUUCAUACAGUUUACUGACAUUGUUUUGUAACUGAUUUUAUUACAAUCUAUUUUAUACAUUAUGUAACACACUUUGUUGUGAAUGUUGUGAUAUUCUGUAUGUAGUCCCUUAAGGAUAAAGCUGGUGCUACGCUGUGUUUUUGUUAUGUCCAGCAAAUACCAUGAAAAGACUAAAGCCAACCAAUCUCGUGGCCUUCAGGAGCUGAUGGAGUGGUUCUGUUGUCAUGGAGAUUAAUAGGAAAUGGCAAGUAGUUUUCAAUGGUCCUAUAGAUAUAUACAAGGAUGUAAAUCCAGCUAAAAUAGGUCACUAACAUUUAGUUUCAUUUUUUUAAAAAAAGGCUCAGUAAUCUACAACAGCUGGGCAUGGCAGUUGUUAGCAAAUGUAAUUUAAAAGGGGUGAAUAGCGCAUUUGUUGGGGACUAUUUUCAGCUGUGGAUUAAUACACAUUUGGUAUUCUACUACAGUGAUUCCCAACCACAAAUACUUGGGGUGCGUUCAGAAAUACUCACUCAGCAUGCCAGAGUGCACUCUGGAACAAACUGGACUAUUUGUAAAUUAGUUGCGCUGUUGGAUUGUACUGUUCCGUUCUUCAGACCAUCACAGUCUGGGAGCAGCUGAGCGAAAUCUGGGCACUCUGUCUGGGGAGACGUAGUCUGACUCAUUGCAUGUAGAUUGUGGCCAUAACGCUGCCACUGGGCACUGAUUUCAGCCAGAAUUCUCCCUUCCAUCCCCUGUCUGUGUGUUACCAUUUCCAAAUCCCCUAUUGUAAGAGCGCUGUCACUGCAUCGUGGCCUUAGUGCUGCCCAAGAUGAGUGUGGUUGGUUUAAAGGGACAAAAACACGGCAGCAUCUUUCCCCCCUAUAGAAACAAGAUAAUAGGUGAUUUAAACCUUUCUCUUAUGCUGACACAGCGCUGUAGAGAUAAGUCUGGCUACGCAAGACCAACAUGUUCUCACUCCAACCUCGUCACAUAUCAGCGUUUGAUCAUGGACCUUCAACGUCUAGAUAUGAUGUGAAAGGUACCUUGGGUGUGUUGGUUGUUGCCGUUCUGGGACACCGUGUCAAUUCUGCCUGUUACAUGCAUUGUCUUCUUUCAAAAUACACUUCCGUUUUCACAGGAAAUGUACCGUUUACAUACAGUCUCUUUCAAAAUAAAUGCACUAUGUCGGCACAACACUGCGAUUUGGUGGGUUUUUUUUCCUCCAACAACUAACGCAUGCAGUUGGGUUUGGAAAAAAGAACACUCUUUGACGGUUUGACUUAAUAAUCUUACGGGAUAGAACACCGUGUCCCAGGUGAAAGUCUAUGUUUUUGGAUCCAUCCACCACCCCUUCCGCCCGCCCUAUUCGUACUUUCACCACCUUAACGUUCAGUUUUGUCCCACCACAUUUCCCCCUGACGCCACCAAGUGCUGUUCAACGACAAAACAAUGUUAAAGGACAGCUUUUUUUUGUCAAUGUCUGACGCUGCAAGCCACUGCCUAAGCGCUGGAUUUUGACGACUUUGGAGUGAGACCUUGGCAGAGUGCUACUCAGGAAUCAGGGAAUGUAUUGUUAACGUAACGGUUCGUUAAUUCAUGUAGAGCUAGAACGCUCUGUUUCUUUGAACAAUAGCUCUCUCAUUUCAGUACAGAGCAUCAGUUUGGAUUUAUGAAUGCACCCUUGUACCCUAGGGGUACUUCUGCAGUUACAAUGAUGUAUGUGGCAAUAUAUCGGUGUAACUCAGCGAAUUCAAAAAACAUUAAAUAACAAUGAAUUUAAAAAUGUAUUUUUAAUCAGGGAGUGUGCGAGUUGCAGCAAGCAAGCAAGCAGAGAAGUCUAAACAGUAAAAAAUAAUGUGUAAAUGCACAAAAAUUAGCUCAAAAUCUGGUUGUAAGUGUUAACUAAAAGGACCAAACAUGCAGCUGAAAUAGUCAGCGUAAAGUAAUGCAUCGUGUAGCUUCUGCGACUCAUAGUACAAUUGCAAACUUGACCAAACCAACCAAAACACUGACAGUUUAACUGUAUGAAAAAAUACUGUUCAUAGUGUUUUAUAAUAUCCAGCUUAUUUGGAACCUGGUGGUUUAAUGAAGGGGUACUUGAGUCCAUCUGAUAGGGGUGCAGAAAAGGUUGGGAACCACUGCUCCAGUAGUGUUUACAGCAGCAGGACAGUAUAUGUGGACUAAAGAGCUAUGGUGCAGAGUUAUAAGCUACAUUGGUUAUUUUAUGGCUAUAUAUUUGUUAGUAGGGUCAAUUCAUGGUGUUUUUUUUUCAUGGUAUUUUUGGACAGUAAGAAAACUAUAGAACCAGCCUUAUUUUAAGCAAAAACCUCACCAGUGUCCCCAUUAAAAAACACACAUUACAGCUGGGCGGACAUUAGGGGCCAAGGUCAUUUGUCAGCUCUUGACGGCUCUCUCUUCUAAUGAAUGUACAACAACCUCCACUCACCGGGACCCAAGAGGAGGGUGGAAAUAGGCCAACUUUAAACACUUGAGAUUCAAGAGAUGUUCUGCGUUACACAAAACGCUUCAUACGCCUGUGUGUGUGUGUGUGUGUGUGUGUGUGUGUGUGUGUGUGUGUGUGUGU